CGUCCUCCUCUCCUUCCCACCUAUCCCUGCUCGGUCCUGGACAGUGCGUUGACAUGUGGAAACAGAGCACCUGCCAGCUCACCGUCCCGUCAGAAAUUGAUGUGGAAAAGUACGCAGUGGUGGAAAAGUCAGUGAAAAUCGAAGAAUCACAGCCUACGGUUUGGCCAGCACAGGAUAUAAAAGACGACUACAUUUUUGAGUGUGAGGUGAGUGGCCAGACUCAGAAGACUAAGGUGACCAUCUUCCAGUCGGUCGGAGACCCCAUGUUCCACGGGAAGAUCUACAGCGCCAAAGACUCCAAAUGUGAGGAGGAGGGACCUGACCUCCACCUCAUCCAUCCACCGUUCCUAAUUGGUUCAAAGAUUGAUGCUGACCGGUUUUUGAAGCAGUAUAAGGAAGUGUAUGAGAGGGACGUGAAGUGUCCGGUGAAGAUGUCCCACAACUCUGGCAACUCGGUGUCCCAGGGCCAGCUCUCUCCAACCCGAGAGACAGAAACGGACACUUUCUCAGGACUGAUGCAGUCCUCAGUUCUGGGGAAGGGAGUGAAGCACAGACCGCCUCCCAUCAAACUGACAGCCACUAGCACCAGCUCCUCAGGAAAUCCAUACAUCAGCUCGCAGACCUCUGGAGGUCCUCUGAAGUGCCCAACUCCCCCGCCUGCUAAAAACCAGUCCCUGACUCGGAAACACUCCAUGGAUCAGAUCGGGCUACUGUCCCCUUCCGCCCUCUCUCCCAUGGGCUCAUCACAGAGAUCGGGGACGCCAAAGCCUUUGACACCCACCCCCACUAACACACCCUGCUCCACGCCGCACCCCACGGACACCCUGAACGCCACGCCAUCGGUGACGCCCACGCCACAUGACACGGCCCUGGCACAGCCGCCCACGCUCCUCGCCCCGUUCGCCCAGCAGCAGAUGGCGCUGAGCCAGGCCUUGCCCGUCAUGACCAUCCCUCUGCCCACCUCCAUCAGCACGGGCACCACCUCCUCCCAGGUCAUGGCCAACCCGGCUGGGCUCAACUUCAUCAACGUGGUUGGGUCUGUUUGUCCCCAGACCCUGAUGGGAGGCUCGAACCCAAUGCUCAGCUGCAGUCCUGGGAUCAACCUGAGUGGGAUACUGCCCCCUGGUGGCCUCAUGUCGGGGACUCUUCCCACCAUGCAGUCCACAGCACAGGCUGGGAGCCCAUUCAGCCUGAAUAACAGCCCAGGAUUAAGGCCUCUGAAUCUGCUUCAGAUCCCCACCGGCCCACUGAUCUUCAACCCUCUGCAGCAGCAGCAGCUGUCCCAGUUUUCCCCACAGCAGCAGAACAGCCAGUCUGCAACCUCCAGCCCCCAGCAGCAGGGGGAGCCGGCGGAUCAAAGUGGCAAUGACCAGGGCCUUGGAGCUCAGCAGACGGCCGUCAUCAACCUGACUGGAGUGGGAGGAUUCAUGUCUUCUCAGGCUGCUGUGCUGUCGCAGCUGGCCUGUGGGCUGGAUGGGUCUGGGCCCAGCCUGCCAUCUCCAAGGCUCCAGCAGCAGCAGCAGCAGCGGCAGCAGCACCACCAGCCACAGAUCCAAUUGCAAUUCUUGCGACACCAAAUGCAUCAGCAGCAGCAGCAGCAGCAGCAGCAGCAAAUGGCUAUGGCAGCGGGAGCGGCGGUGCAGGUGGGGCUGCCAGCACAGCAUUCCGCCAACCAAGCAAGAAGUAAACGGAAGCGCAGCACACCCUAGACCCACUAACCCCCCCCCCCCCCACACACACACACAGAAUCACGGCGCAGUAACUGCCCCCCCUCUCUCUCUGAAUAAAGACAGCUGUGUCUGCGGUUACCCCCAGAGACCAACCUCUUUAUCAUUUUUAUAAUCCACAGACCCUGAGAACGGGGGGACAUACACAUAAUGUAUACUUUCAACAAAAGUGUUUUAAAAAGGUGGAACCUAUAUUUAGAGAGCCUGAGUUUUUUUUUGUAUGUAAAUAAUGAUUGUAACUCUUAAUGCAUUUUUUAACGAAAGAACUUAAUACACCAAAUGACAUUUGUUUGACGUCAAACAAGGUCCAGGAUGUAGUAGUUCUCAAGGCGUUGGCUAAGAUUAUCAAAGGCAAACAAAAGUCCAACACCAAACUGAUGAAGUGGUCAAAACAAACCAGGCAACAGUUAUUAGACAUGACAUUACUUUCUUGAUAGAAGGUGACUUUUAAGCUCUUCUUUAAAAAAAUACUGGCCUAAUUUCCAUGAACGGUGUCAAGAAAUGGCCUUGUUGAUUCUUACUUUGCGAUUACCUAGGUAGGUUAUGUGACAAAAGGAAAGCGUUAACCAUUUUUGUACACAGUUUUUACAGUGUAAUCCAAAGCUGAAUUUCAAACUGUUGUUGGCUUCAUUACAACAUUGUUUCAUUUCAGCACAUGAAUAGCCCUUCACAUAGAGGAGAUAAGGAGCAAAACUAUAGUAGACUGUAGAGUUGAACGGAUGUGCCUGAUUCUCCUGUUUCUCAACUUGAUGUAUUUGAGAAUACAGCAGUUUCAAUAACUGAAUGAAGGGCCUAUUCAUAGCAUGCAUUGA